AUGGAGGAGUUAAUAGUUGAACUACAACUGUUUCUUGAACUUCUGGACCACGAAUACUUAACCUCCACAGUCAGGGAGAAAAAGGCCGUUUUAACUAACAUUCUUCUGCGGAUACAAUCGUCCAAAGGUUUUGAAGUAAAAGAAAAUGUCCAGAAACAAGAGGUGGCCAAUAUCUUGCCUGCCCCUCCGCAGAUGCCUCUUCCAGAGAUUCCUCAGCAAUGGCUGCCACCAGAUAGCGGGCCUCCACCAUUACCUUCCUCGUCCCUUCCGGAGGGUUACUAUGAGGAGGCCGUGCCCCUCAGUCCGGGAAAGGCGCCUGAGUACAUCACAUCCAAUUAUGAUUCCGAUGCUAUGAGCAGCUCUUACGAAUCUUACGAUGAAGAGGAUGAGGAUGGGAAAGGGAAGAAGAUGCGACACCAGUGGCCUUCCGAGGAAGCAUCUAUGGACCUCGUAAAGGAUGCUAAAAUCUGUGCCUUCCUUCUAAGAAAGAAACGAUUUGGACAGUGGACUAAACUGCUGUGUGUGAUCAAAGACAACAAACUCCUGUGCUAUAAAAGUUCCAAGGAUCAGCAGCCUCAGAUGGAACUGUUGUUGAAUGGCUGCAGUAUUACCUAUAUCCCCAAGGACAGCAAAAAGAAGAAGCAUGAGCUGAAAAUCACUCAUCAAGGGCAGGAUGCUCUGGUUCUGGCGGUACAAAGCAAGGAACAGGCCGACCAGUGGCUGAAGGUAAUAAAGGAAGUUUGCAACAACUGUGUUGGAGGUACAGAUUCAGAUGGACUGUCAUCUAAUUCUCCUAUACACAAGACUGAACUAGAAAAG